UGCGACACAACAACAGUUCAAAAUGGCAACAUUAAGCAACCUAACGCAAUGUCCCGCCUUGUGCAACGAUUUUGGACAACGUCAUAGCUAUGUACCAGGACUUGAGCAUUAUCCCAACAUAUGUCUGCAGACGGAAUUAUCUACUGGGACAACGCAGCGUUUAAGCCCUUGCCAAAGCUUUAUACCGGUCGAAAGCGAGAGCGUGCUAAAGCGCAUUACGCGCACUUUUUUUGAUGGCGGCUUUUGGGAAUCUCUGGCCGAGGCGCGCAGUGAGAAAACACGUGAACAGUCGCCACUUAUAGGCAAGGCUGGCGAUAAAGUGGCACAAUUGCUGGAUAUAUGCCAACGAGUGCAGCUACUAGUAUUUCCCCACACACAGGAGGUGAGUGCGGAGCGCAUUGCUCAGUAUGUGGAGACAAGAGACUGGGAGCAUAGCGCAGUGCGUUGCCUGGCCUGGCAUAUGCACCUGUUUAAACUGGCCGUAGCUGGCGUAGAUGAUGUGGUGCGCAUUUAUGGCAAAAGCACAGAUCUUCAUGCCGGUCUUGGUCCCGUGCUUAAGAGUACCAUGCAAACCAAUAUUACCUGCAUGGCUUGGCGUCCAUUAUGUGCCUUUGAACUGGUCGUAGGCUGUCGUCAAGGCUUGUGCUUCUGGUCCAUUGACAGCAAUGUGCAUUUGGGACGCACCCUAAACCCCAGUCAUAUUUUUAAACAUCCCGGCAAUUUGCCCAUUAGCACAUUGCAAUGGAAUCGUGAUGGCACACAGCUGGCCACAGCAUCUAUAGGCGAAUGCGCUAUACUUGUAUGGCAGCCAGACAACGGCAUGAUGCAGCCGCUCAAACGUCUGGGCCCACCUGGCUCACUGUUAAAAUGGUCGCCUGGUGAUGAGUGGAUGUUUGCGGCCACUGUGGAUCGCGUGUUUCGUGUAUGGAAGUGCGCUGAACAAUGGAGCACCGAUCGCUGGGUCUGCAAUGGCGGCAAUGUGCAGACUGCCUGCUGGUCACCCUGUGGACGCUUCUUGCUGUUUGUGAGCAACGCCGAGCCUAUACUAUAUCGUCUGCAGUUUGUGCAGCUGCACUUGGGACCAGCGCAAGCCGAUGACAAGGAGGUGAUGCCUAUAGCUAAUUUGAAUGCCUGCCCGCUGGCUGGCAGCCAGACUGAACUUGUAGGCGGCACUGCUCAGCAGUUGGCCAUGGAUCCGCAUGGCAAAUACUUGGUGAUCAGCUUCAAAACCACUAACGCUCUGGCCGUAUUUCGCACUUAUAUACAAAAGUUUGAUUUACAAAUCUCGAGCAGUUAUUAUAUACGCGGCGCAACUGCUGCCGAAUAUCCCAGCUAUAUAUGCUUCCAGCCGCUGCUUAAUCCCAACGAUCGUUCGGUGUUGACCAUAGGCUGGUCAAGUGGACGCAUACAAUAUUAUGCCUUUGACUGAGAGAGGAGUUAAUAAAUAAAU